AUGCGAAGAUUUCUGUCGACUAUGGCGUCUUAUAGCCCUCGGCGGUUCGCGCCUCUGAAGCAAGGUGCUCCAUCCGAUGCUCCCCUCCUGAAAGGCGUUGUCUUUGACGUCGACGGUACACUCUGUGAGCCGCAGACGUACAUGUUCGGACAAAUGCGCAGCGCUCUUGGUAUUACCAAAUCCGUCGACAUUCUCGACCACAUUUACUCUCUUCCCACGCCCGGGGCACAGGAGAAAGCAAUGGAGUCGAUUCGCGCCAUCGAGCGCGAGGCUAUGGCCACCCAGGUCGCCCAGCCAGGUCUCGAGACACUCAUGUCCUACCUUGACUCGCGGGGCAUUCGCAAGGGCAUAUGCACGCGCAACUUCGAUGCCCCAGUCGCUCACUUGCUCGGCAAAUUUCUCUCAGGCAGCAUGUUUGCGCCCAUCGUCACAAGAGACUUUCGUCCACCCAAGCCCGAUCCCGCAGGCAUUUUGCACAUUGCUCGGAGCUGGGGUCUCCUAAAAGAGGCGACCGAAACAGGCACGGAGGUAGAAGCUGAUGCUUCAGGACUCAUCAUGGUUGGCGAUUCCAUCGAUGACAUGACAGCAGGCCGAAAGGCUGGUGCUACGACCGUCUUGUUAGCGAAUGACGUCAAUGUCCAUCUAGUGGACCAUGAGCAUACUGAUUUGGCCAUUCGCCGCUUAGACGACCUUGUAUCCAUUCUCGAGGAAGGUUUCGUAAGCCGGGACACUGUCGUCGAGUAG